AGGGUCAACAGUAGCUGCAUAUACCUCUCCCCUUAUCCCUCACAUUCUCAUAAAAAUUGUCUCUGUUCCAAUUCUAUUCUUAGAAUCUGAGGUAAACUUGCCAGCUCCAUCACUAAUUCCAUCUCUCUCAAAGCUAGACACACGCAUACCAACAUGAAACUCCCUCUUAAUCCAAAAUUAACAAAAAGAAAGAAACCUAUCCCAAAAAAGAAGGAAAAAUAAUAAAAAGAACUUGGAGAACAACAAAAAUUUCUCCGGCAGCGGCUCGUUUCUACCCGGAGCUACCACCCAUUUCCGGCUUGGAGAUGACCGUUGUUCGCCUUCUUGUUCUCCUCUUCCUCCUCACACUUUCUUUAUGGUGCAACCUCUCAUUUUCUUUAUCAGAAAAUGAGUCUCUUCUCAAACUGAAGAAAUCUUUAAAUCAUGCUGGUGUCUUAGAUGAUUGGGUUUCAGGCUCCAAUCCUUGUGUUCGACGAUGGGUAGGUGUCAUUUGCUUUGGUGGUAUAAUUACAGGCCUCCAUCUAUCAGACUUAGGUCUUUCAGGAACGAUUGAUAUCGAAGCAUUACAACAGCUCCCUGGCCUUAGAACUAUCAGUUUUGUUAACAAUUCAUUUUCAGGUCCAAUCCCUGAGUUCAAUAAACUUGGAGCAUUGAAAUCACUCUUGUUAACCCACAAUGAAUUUUCUGGUGAAAUUGCAAACGAUUUCUUCACCCCUAUGUCAUCUUUGAAAAAAGUUUGGCUCUCUGAAAAUAAAUUUACAGGUAAAAUACCUGACUCGCUUAUGCAACUAUCACUUCUCAAAGAAUUGCACCUUGAAGGGAAUCAAUUUUCUGGAAAAAUUCCACCAUUGAAACAAUCCAAGCUUAACUCCCUGGACCUUUCGCAAAACCUACUUGAAGGAGAAAUUCCGCAGAGCCUCUCUGCAUUUAGUGCCUCUUCCUUUGCAGGAAAUACUGGCCUCUGCGGAAAACCACUUGCCACUGAGUGCUCUUCAAGUCUUCCAUCAUUACCAGGUCAACCUGAAUCCCACCCUCCUGCUGGUGAUAAUACCAACACCAUGGUUGGGGUGGUCGUAUUGUUAUUGAUAACACUUUUGAUAUCUUGUACCCUCUGUUCUUCAAACAAGAGUGACAAGGAUGAAUUUAGCUUCUCAGAAAAAGAGAACCUUGAUGAGCUGGUGCUAUCCGUGCGUGGAAAUGGUUCGAGCAAGAAGCCUCCAUUAGAGAAUAGUCGAAAAGGUCCUGGGUCUCGAAGGGCAUCCCAGCACAACAAUGGAAAUGGUAUGACUGAUCUGAUCAUGGUUAAUGAUGAAAAGGGUAGUUUUGGGUUGCCUGAUUUAAUGAAGGCAGCAGCAGAAGUGCUUGGGAGUGGCGGCUUGGGGUCUGCGUAUAAGGCCAUGAUGACAAGCGGAUUAUCAGUGGUAGUAAAGAGAAUGAGAGAGAUGAACGUACUGGGGAGAGAUUCAUUUGAUGCUGAAAUGAGGCGGUUUGGAAGAAUUAGACACAAAAACAUUUUGACUCCAUUGGCAUACCAUUUCAGGAAGGAGGAAAAGCUUUUGGUAUCAGAAUACAUACCUAAAGGCAGCUUGUUGUACGUCUUGCAUGGUGAUCGUGGAAUGUGUCAUGCUGAACUCAAUUGGCCAAUCCGUCUAAAGAUCAUCAAAGGAAUUGCAAAUGGAUUGGGUUUUCUACAUUCAGAUUAUUCAACAUAUAACCUUCCACAUGGAAAUCUCAAGUCUAGCAAUGUUCUUUUAGAUGAAAACUAUGAACCACUUCUUGGUGACUACGCCCUUGAUCCACUAACCAAUUCCAACCAUUCUGCACAAGCAAUGUUUGCUUAUAAAUCACCUGAAUACAUAACUACUCAUCAGGUUUCUCCCAAAUCUGAUGUCUAUUGUUUUGGAAUCAUCAUUCUUGAAAUCAUUACUGGGAAAUUCCCUUCUCAGUAUCUUAGCAACGGCAAAGGAGGGACAGAUGUUGUGCAAUGGGUCCUCCAAGCAAGCUCUGAAGGGAGAGAGCAGGAAUUGAUUGAUCCUGAAAUAGCAAACACGAGCAAUACAAAUUCAAUUCAUCAGAUGGUGCAAAUGCUUCGAAUUGGUGCAGCUUGUGCCGAAACUGAUGCAACACAACGGUUAGACAUGAGUGAAGCAAUUAGGAGGAUAGAGGAAAUAAAGGUUUGAGAAUUGAUUUAUACAUUCUAUAGGUUAAUACAAGUUGCUUUUGCUAGGAAAGACUCUAAGAGAGAGGUUUUCAUCAUCCAAGUCCAUGUCCUUAUUUAUAAUCAAACAGCACAAGUCGAGGAGAAAGAUUGAAUUCAGAAAAAAAAAAAAAAACAAUUAUCAGUAUAGAUAUAGAACGAUCAAUGUUUUGCUUGUCCAAGAAUUUGCAGGACAGUGGUCACGAUAUGCAUUUUCUUGAAAGAUGAAGGAAGGCAAUGUAAUUAAUUUGAAGCUACAUCACUGGAGUUUGUAAGACAAGUUGUUGGGUUAUGGCUGAGGUCAACAGCAUCUCACAAAAUGUACAUUAAAACACACUCGCACACAGUACCUCUUCAUACAGAUUGACUGGGAAAUUGAUGGUUAGGAGGGGAAAUUAUUAGUCUCCACCAUAAUGGUUAAUGCUUUUUUUUUUUGUUUAGAAUUUUUUUUUUCUUUCAAGGCAGUUUUCUUUUUCCUAUUGUGUUAAUAUACAUUCAUUUUUUAAAAUUUCACCUGCUUUUACUUCUUGUAAUGACAA